AAUUGGCACCGUCCCUCCAGGUGCCCUGUCCAGCAGGCUGCGCGCCUCCAGCCCCACUUCCCACUCAGGAGAAGGAUGAAGAGGGGCUGUGGCUCGCGGUGGCCGGCAGCCGCCGGGCUCCUCUUCUGUGUCAUGGUUUCUGCAUCCUCCGAGAGACCCGUCUUCACGAAUCAUUUCCUCGUGGAGUUGCAUAAAGGAGGAGAGGAAGAGGCUCGCCAAGUUGCCGUGGAGCACGGCUUCGGAGUCCGGAAGCUUCCCUUCACAGAAGGCCUUUACCACUUCUAUCACAAUGGCCUUGCAAAAGCUAAGAGAAGACGCAGCCUGCAGCAUAAGCAGCAGCUGGAGCGAGACCCCAGGGUAAAGAUGGCCUUGCAACAGGAGGGGUUUGACCGAAAGAAGCGAGGGUACAGAGACAUCAAUGAGAUUGACAUCAACAUGAAUGAUCCUCUGUUUACAAAGCAGUGGUACCUGAUCAACACUGGGCAGGCUGAUGGCACACCUGGCCUUGACUUGAAUGUAGCAGAGGCCUGGGAGCUGGGCUACACCGGGAAAGGGGUAACCAUUGGGAUCAUGGAUGAUGGGAUUGACUAUCUCCACCCGGACCUGGCCUCCAACUAUAAUGCCGAAGCCAGUUACGACUUCAGCAGCAACGACCCCUACCCGUACCCCCGGUACACAGACGACUGGUUCAACAGCCACGGCACGAGAUGCGCAGGGGAGGUUUCAGCCGCUGCCAACAACAAUAUCUGCGGGGUCGGGGUGGCAUACAACUCCAAGGUCGCAGGUAUCCGCAUGCUGGACCAGCCCUUCAUGACUGACGUCAUCGAGGCCUCCUCCAUCAGCCACAUGCCCCAACUCAUCGACAUCUACAGCGCCAGCUGGGGCCCCACAGAUAACGGCAAGACAGUGGAUGGGCCCCGAGAGCUCACGCUGCAGGCCAUGGCCGAUGGUGUAAACAAGGGCCGCGGAGGCAAGGGCAGUAUCUACGUGUGGGCCUCUGGGGACGGUGGCAGCUAUGAUGACUGCAACUGUGACGGCUACGCCUCGAGCAUGUGGACCAUCUCCAUCAACUCGGCCAUCAACGACGGCAGGACGGCGCUGUACGAUGAGAGCUGUUCGUCCACCUUGGCAUCCACCUUCAGCAACGGGCGCAAGAGGAACCCCGAGGCAGGCGUGGCCACCACAGACCUAUACGGGAACUGCACCCUACGACAUUCUGGGACAUCAGCAGCAGCUCCUGAGGCAGCUGGGGUGUUCGCACUGGCUUUGGAGGCUAACCUGGAGCUGACCUGGCGCGACAUGCAGCACCUCACGGUGCUCACCUCCAAACGCAACCAGCUCCACGACGAGGUGCACCAGUGGCGGCGCAACGGGGUCGGCCUGGAGUUCAAUCAUCUCUUCGGUUACGGGGUCCUGGAUGCAGGCGCCAUGGUGAAAAUGGCCAAAGACUGGAAGACCGUGCCAGAGCGCUUCCACUGUGUGGGAGGCACCGUGCAGGACCCCGAGAAGAUCCCGCCCUCCGGCAAGCUGGUGCUCACACUCACCACUUCGGCCUGUGAGGGCAAAGAGAACUUCGUCCGCUACCUGGAGCACGUGCAGGCCGUCAUCACGGUCAAUGCCACCAGGCGAGGAGACCUGAACAUCAACAUGACGUCACCCAUGGGCACCAAGUCCAUUCUGCUGAGCCGGCGGCCCCGGGAUGACGACUCCAAGGUGGGCUUCGACAAGUGGCCUUUCAUGACCACCCACACGUGGGGGGAGGACGCCAGGGGCACCUGGACGCUGGAGCUGGGCUUCGUGGGCAGCUCGCCCCAGAAGGGGGUGCUCAAGGAGUGGACCCUCAUGCUGCACGGCACGCAGAGCGCCCCGUACAUCGACCAGGUGGUGCGGGAUUACCAGUCCAAGCUGGCCAUGUCCAAGAAACAGGAGCUGGAGGAGGAGUUGGACGAAGCCGUGGAGAGGAGCUUGAAGAGCAUCCUCGGCAAGAACUGAGCCACGCAGCCUCCCUCCUCUGCCCUCAGCCCUGUGUCCCCUUCCACUUCGCUGCGUCCUGCCAAGCACCCAGCAAUCACUGUCGCCCCACCCAGGCGACUCUGUCCUCCCGAUCAGCAGCUUCACCCACUGUCCAUGAUUAUUUUCGUUAUGAUGGAAGCAACCUCUAUAAUUAUGAUGGAAGCCCCAAAGACAGCGUGCCCGCCAACA